AUGGAAUUACGAGUAGGAUUUCGAAUCAGCUUGGUCCUGGUCAUCCUGGCCUUGACUCUGUCUCGUGAGGGAGUGGAAGCACAGAGGGCAGGGUGUAAAAAUGUCCACUAUGACCUUGCCUUUAUCCUGGAUACCUCAUCCAGUGUUGGAAAAGAGAACUUUGAGAAGAUCAGACAAUGGGUGGCCAACCUUGUGGAGUCUUUCGAUGUGGCAGCAGACAAGACAAGAGUAGCUGUCGUUCGCUACAGUGACAAACCCACAACCGAGUUCGACCUGGGAAGACACAGGACCCUUGAAGAUGUGAAGCGAGCUGCCCGUAACAUACGCUACCUGGGGGGAAAUACAAUGACCGGGGAUGCUAUCAGCUACACCACCACUAACAUCUUCACAGAGCAGAACGGAGCAAGGCCUAAAGCCAGAGGCAUUCAGCGGGUGGCCAUCCUUCUCACAGAUGGACGAAGCCAGGAUUAUGUUCUGGAGCCCUCCAAGGAGGCUGCCAAAGCCGGCAUCAGGAUGUUUGCCGUUGGCAUCGGGGAGGCGCUAAAGGAAGAGCUUGAGGAAAUCGCUGCUGAGCCAAAAAAUGCCCAUGUCUUCCAUGUGACGGACUUUAAUGCCAUUGACAAGAUCAGGGGCCGGCUGAGGAGGCGGCUGUGCGAGAAUGUCCUGUGUCCAAACAUGAAGGUUCAACCUGAUCGCUUUAAGCCCAACAGCACCAGUUAUGGUCUUGAAGAGGUUCCAGGGUUCGACCUGAUGGAGUUCUUCAGUGUGAGAGAUAUCCUGGGAACCAGAGUUGAUGAAGGCCAGAGUUCUUACGUUCGCCUUGGCACCAUGCCCAUUGUACAGCAGACAGAAGACGUGUUUCCUCAAGGGUUACCCGAUGAAUACGCCUUUGUGACGACAUUCAAAUUUAGGAAAACUUCAAGACGUGAAGACUGGUACCUCUGGCAGGUUUUCGACAAAUAUGGAAUCCCACAGGUGUCCAUCCGUCUGGACGGUGAAAACAAGGCAGUGGAGUACAACGCUGUCGGGCUGACAAAAGAUGCUGUCAGAGCCGUGUUCAAGAACCCUGAAGUUGACAACCUGUUCGAUCGCAACUGGCACAAGAUUGCCCUCAGUGUGGAGGCUAAGGCUGUGUCUCUAUACCUGGACUGCAAACACAUCCAGACUCUGCCCAUCGAAGACAGAGAAGACAUUGAUAUCCAGGGGAAGACAGUGAUUGGAAAGAGGCUGUAUGACAGCGUGCCAAUUGAUUUUGACCUCCAAAGGAUGAUGGUCUAUUGUGAUUCCAAGCACGCGGAACUGGAAACCUGCUGUGAUCUACCCAAUGGACCUUGCCCUAAGAAAGUGGUGACAGAGGCUCCCCCUAUGGAGAUCCCUACUCCGACCCCGACUGUCGUGGAGCAACAAAGAGGCCCGCAAGUCAACUGCUCUGCAUGUUCUGCAGGAGGGAAGGGAGAGAUCGGUUCACCUGGUGUUGCAGGUCCUAUGGGUGAAAAGGGUGACACUGGCCCUGUGGGCGCCACCGGACCGACGGGCAGCAGAGGAGAAAAAGGAGAAACUGGCAGAGUAAUCUCUGUCAAAGGCGGCAGAGGGGAGAAGGGUGAUACAGGCAAAAUAGGGUUGACAGGUGCUGCUGGACAAAAAGGAGAGAAGGGACUUGGUGGUGUGCCAGGUAUUGAUGGCUUAUCUGGAGACAAAGGAGACAAAGGUGAAUCAGGACAGGCUGGUGCUCCAGGGUUUGCGGGUCCAGCUGGACUAAAGGGAAUUCAAGGAGACUCAGGAGAUUCCGGUGCUCCUGGACCAAAAGGUGUCAUGGGUGAAUCAGGCAUACAAGGUGAUAAGGGAUCUCCAGGGACAGCGGGCCUGGCAGGUGUGGAUGGAUUACCAGGAAAACCUGGCUUUCCUGGUAAAAAUGGUUUCAGAGGAUUGGCUGGUGUAUCCGGGCCGAGCGGAGUUAAAGGCAACAAGGGGGAGAGAGGCCUUCCUGGAUUACCUGGGGAUGUGGUUCAAAAAGAUGGUUUACGGGGUGAAAAGGGGGAUGCUGGACCUCCUGGGCCUCCAGGGGCUGAGGGCCCCCCAGGACCUCUUGGUCCUCCUGGUGUGGUAGGUCUGCCCGGAGAGCCUGGAGAGUUUGGCCAAAGGGGCAAGAAGGGUGAAAAUGGAUUACCUGGAGUUGAUGGCCUUCCUGGACCUCCUGGUCUUCCAGGUCCAUCUGGGCCACUAGGAAGCCGAGGACAUACUGGACCUCCAGGUCUUCCUGGUGAAAUUGGAUUUUCAGGCAAACCAGGGGAGUCUGGGAAGUCUGGUCUUCCUGGUAAAGAUGGUCUCGACGGUCUUCAGGGAAAUGAUGGUGCCAUGGGGCCCAGGGGAGAGCGCGGAGCAGAUGGUUUUUCUGGAAAGCCUGGAACUAAGGGGGAAGAUGGCCCACCUGGACCAAGAGGACCUUUGGGGGAGAGAGGACAAGCUGGUUCCCCUGGACAACCAGGAGCUGAUGGAGGAAGAGGAGAGAGGGGCGUUCCGGGAGAAAGAGGAAUGAAUGGACCGUUUGGUCCAAAAGGUGACAAGGGAGACAAGGGUGAAGUUGGAACGAGGGGACCACCCGGUGCUCCAGGAGAUGUGGCUAAUUUCAUCCCUGAGCCUGCUGAACCUGGAAUACCUGGAGAAAAAGGCGAGAAAGGAGAACAAGGCAAACCAGGAGAAAUCGGCCAACGAGGAUUACCUGGUGAACAAGGUUUCAAGGGACCAGCUGGACCAGCGGGUCCAAAUGGCGACACCGGACCUGCAGGAGAGACAGGACGUAUUGGAGACCCCGGUCCACCUGGCUUAGCUGGUCUUCAAGGUCCUCGUGGAUUACCAGGGAGCGUGGGCAUACCUGGGAUCAUGGGGCCUCCUGGUCCAGCUGGACAGAGGGGAGACAAGGGUGAAGUGGGUAAACCAGGACAAUCUGGCCCCACAGGCACACCUGGAGAGCCUGGCUUGACUGGACCUCCUGGAUCGCCAGGGAAGGGCAAGGACGGGCAAAGUGGAGAACCAGGACCACAGGGAAUUCAAGGACCCCAAGGGCCAAAGGGUCAACCAGGAUCCCGAGGAGAAUCUGGGGCACCAGGGGACAGGGGGUCUCAAGGAGAAGGCAAAGUGGGACCAGUGGGGUCACAAGGAAAUAAUGGCGAGCCUGGACCUGCUGGCUUGAGGGGUCUACCUGGAGUUGCUGGUCCUCAGGGUCCAGCAGGACAUAACGGUUUACAAGGAAGGCCAGGAGAGAAGGGAUCACCCGGAGAAGCUGGAAAGGCAGCAGACCUCUCUGACCUAAAUCUGAAGGAUGUCUGCUCAGACUGCCCUGCAGGUCCACCCGGAGCACCAGGUCUUCCAGGCGUCCUCGGAGAUAAAGGACACCCGGGACUUCCAGGGAAAAAUGGUCAAGAUGGUUACCAAGGCGCAGCGGGGCUAGUGGGACCUCAAGGACCCCCCGGAGCCGAUGGAGGGAAGGGUAUAAAAGGUGAUCGAGGACCUGCUGGAGCAGCUGGAGACAAAGGGGAAAAGGGUCACCCAGGACCCCCUGGUCAUCCAGGUUCUCCUGGCUUGAUGGGUUCAGCGGGUAACGAUGGACAGCCAGGCACCGUUGGCCCCCCAGGGCCCCCUGGAGAAAAGGGCAAAGAGGGUCUCAAAGGAAUCCAGGGACCACCAGGUCUUCCCGGCUUGAUAGGACUGCCUGGGAAAAUGGGAAAGGAUGGCCAACAAGGUGAAACAGGAGAAACUGGGAAGCAGGGUGAACCAGGGCCACAAGGAAACUCUGGACUCAGGGGACUGCCGGGCUUUAAAGGCCACAGAGGAGAACCUGGAGCCCCAGGACCUAAGGGAGAAGAUGGAAAGUCUGGAUCACCUGGGCGUGACGGCAAAUCUGGAAAAGAGGGCUCAAGGGGAUCACCCGGUCCGGAAGGAGUUGCUGGACCAAGAGGAGAGUCGGGCAAGCCAGGUGAACCCGGACCAUCGGGAAAAGCGGGUCUCCCAGGAACUCCAGGUCUCCGGGGAGAUCAGGGAGAGGCCGGCAACCCAGGAUUACCAGGAUUUAGUGGACCCAAAGGCCCUGCUGGUCCACAUGGUCCAAUUGGCCCAGAGGGAAAGCAGGGGAUGCCGGGCAGAAUUGGUGAUCGUGGCCUGAAAGGUGAAAAGGGCGACUCAGGGGUAAAGGGAGAUAAAGGACAUGGAGGAGAAUCAGGUAUUCCUGGAAACCCUGGACCCCCAGGACGAAAGGGCCACACAGGAAUGAUGGGCAUGUCAGGACCACCAGGAGAACUAGGGUCACCUGGACCACAAGGAUCAUCAGGAAACCCUGGUCUUCCAGGCCAGAGGGGAGAGUCUGUGUCACUGGAGCAGAUGAGACGGCUCAUCCAGGAGGAGCUGGCAAAACAAUUAGAUGCCAAACUGGCUUACAUCAUGGCUCAGAUCCAGCCAGCCCAUGUAAAGAGUACUGUUGGACGUCCUGGACCUCCGGGCACAUCAGGUAAAGAUGGCAGCUCUGGCCGACCUGGCCCCCCUGGCGAGCCUGGCAUGCCUGGACAGAAUGGAGGAGAAGGACCCAGAGGACCCUUAGGCCCUAAAGGUGAGAAAGGAGGAAGAGGAGAGAAGGGAGAACCUGGUAUUGGUGAAAGAGGAGAGCAUGGCGUUCCUGGCCCGAUCGGUCCCGCCGGACUACCUGGCUACGGUAAAGAUGGAAGCCCAGGACAAGCGGGAGUCCAAGGAGAACCUGGAAACCCCGGCCCCCACGGUCAGCCUGGACCUUCGGGUCCUACUGGCCAAUGUGAUCCCAGCCAAUGUGCCUAUUACGCCAGCCUGGCACAAAGACCCCACACCAAAAACGUCAAGGGGACUUAAGAAAGAAGAGACACACAGAGCAUG